AUGGCACCCAGCACCCUCACGAUCGCGUUUGAUCCCAAGCAGCCGCCGCUGCUCCUCUUGGCUCUCGCGCAACUGCAAGGGCUCAACUCGAAGCAGCUUGCAUUUUGUUCUACGGACCGUCCAGAGGACGCUGGACUGGUCGCGCUGCAACAGCAGCAAGAGCAACAGGAAAAUCCAUCUGUAGAGGUUCUGCCGGAGCUUGAAGCUGCGAAGCGCAUAGCUCGCUGCACAUCUCAGGGAGAGACUCUUCUCCCUGACAUGGAGGGCGAGGUCCUCUUGGAUGCCUUGCUAACCGUUCUGUCUGGAUGCCCCUUCUCGGGCAGUUUCUACACCUCAAGCGCCCCUAAGGACGCCGGGCUGAAAAAAAUGAAUGCAUAUUUGGGCUUCCGUACUUUCUUGUCUGGUCACCGACUCACUCUUGUUGAUAUUGGGGUGUACGUACAGCUAAGAACUGCUGUAGGCGCUGAGAAGACCGGCGCGCUCCCGGAGAAAUGGACUGCGCAGUACCCUGCAUUGAUCCGAUGGUACAACUACAUGCACGGACUAAAGGAAGUACGGGGUCCUAUUGAGCGAGCUCUCAAGCAGAAGGCUAUAGGUCCUAGACCAGCCGUUUCUACUGCUGCUGCGGAGAAGGGGGCAGCAGCGAAGGGCAAAGAGAAGACUGAAGGCCAUGCUUCAUAUGAAGGAAAACUGGAGGGGGCAGAGAUGGGCCGCGUGGUGACUCGCUUCCCACCGGAACCUUCAGGAUAUCUGCAUAUUGGUCACGCAAAAGCUGCUCUCCUCAACGGAUACUUCGCGAAGAAAUACCAAGGACGCAUGAUUUUCAGAUUUGAUGACACAAACCCGGCAAAGGAAAACGACGAAUUCGAGCAGAGCAUCUUGCACGAUACGGAGCUCCUAGGUGUCCAGUGGGAACGUGUAACACACACCUCAGACUACAUUGAGCAGCUGCAAGACACAUGCACCGCAAUGAUUCAGAAGGGGGUCUUUUACGUAGACAACACUCCUACUGAGCAGAUGCGACUGGAAAGAGGGGAAGGUAUAGAGUCAGCCUCGCGCGCUUUGCCUGUUGAGGAGCACCUGCGCCGUUGGGAGCAAAUGAUACAGGGAACGGCAGAGGGGCAGCAAUGCUGCGUUCGCGCGAAGAUCGACAUGCAGUGCAAGAAUAAGUGCAUGCGCGACCCCGUAAUGUUCCGCUGUGUUGUGGAUCCCCCUCACCACCGACUUGGCACGAAAUUCAAGGCCUAUCCCACCUACGACUUUGCCUGCCCGGUUGUUGACUCUUGGGAAGGGGUCACGCAUGCUCUGAGGACCAACGAAUAUGCAGACAGAAUCCCACAGUACCACUGGGUCCAAGAAGCUCUUGGACUUCGCAAGGUUUGCAUUUAUGAGUUUUCCCGGCUCUGCUUUGUUCGUACGGUCCUCUCAAAACGCAAGCUCAAGUACUUUGUCACUGAGGGGCUGGUCACCGGAUGGGAUGACCCUCGCAUGCCCACUGUACGGGGUAUCUUGCGCCGUGGGCUGACUGUUGAAGCCCUUCUGGAGUUCAUUUUGCAACAGGGACCCUCUAAAGCCGGAAACCUGAUGGAGUGGGAUAAACUCUGGACACUGAACAAACAAAUUAUCGACCCGAUCGUGCCGCGCUAUAUGGCAGUAUCGAGAGCGGAUGGAGUGACGGUUACCAUCACAGGUGGCCCAGAGAGCGUCACAACACAAUCUCGCCGGCUACAUGCGAAGAACAAGUCGCUUGGCCAUGUGCCGCUGUACCUCAGCAACCAGAUUCUUAUUGAAGCUGAUGAUGCCCAAGUCUGCCAAGAUGGAGAGGAGGUGACUUUAAUGCACUGGGGCAACUGCAUUUUUGAGCAUCUCGAGAAGGACGCCAACGGGAAGGUUACAGCAAUCCGCGGGAAGCUCCAUCUAGAGGGGGACUUUAAAAAAACAAAAAAGAAGCUCAACUGGGUGCCUAUUCUUCCGCCGGAGAGUGAGAGACAGCUGACCCCUCUGAUACUGCGCGAGUUCGAUCAUCUCAUCACUGUGGACAAGCUCGAACAGGAAACAGACGAAGCAUGGGAAGAUUGCGUAAACAGGAACACCCAGUUUGACACGGAGGCCCUUGGAGACCCCAAUCUUCGAAGCCUAAAAACUGGAGACAAGUUACAGUUAGAGCGCAGAGGUUACUUCCGGGUGGAUGAAGUGGAUGGUGACUGUCUAGUCCUCGUCAAGAUUCCCGACGGGCGCGCAAAAGCCAUGUCGACCGUCAGCAGCAAGGUGCAGGCUGCCGCUCUCUCCGGGGCUAAGGUUGGAGCGAAGGGCAAGUGA